AUGGCAGAGUCUACUCAAAUGGAAGUUGAGAUUGCAACCGUCGCUGUGCCAUUACCGGUUAAACCAAUCUUUAAGCCAUUGAAAGCUCACGAGAUGUCCGACGGCAAAGUCCAAUUCAGAAAACUACCGGUACCACCAAACCGGUACUCACCACUGAAGAAAGCGUGGUUAGAUAUCUACACGCCGGUUUACGAUCAGAUGAAGAUCGACAUAAGGAUGAAUCUCAAAUCCCGCAAAGUCGAGCUCAAAACCCGAGCCGACACUCCCGACGUCAGCAAUCUCCAGAAAUCUGCUGAUUUCGUUCAUGCUUUCAUGUUGGGCUUCGACAUUCCAGAUGCGAUCUCUCUUCUGAGGAUGGACGAGCUUUAUGUUGAGUCGUUUGAGAUCAAGGAUGUGAAGACUCUGAAGGGAGAGCAUUUGUCUCGUGCCAUUGGGAGAUUGUCUGGGAAAGGAGGGAAGACCAAGUUUGCGAUCGAGAACUCGACCAAGACGAGGAUCGUGAUUGCAGACACUAGGAUUCAUAUCUUGGGAGCUUUCACUAGUAUUAAGGUUGCGAGGAGCUCGCUUUGCAGUCUUAUUAUGGGAUCACCGGCCGGGAAAGUUUAUUCCAAACUCCGAUCUGUCUCUGCUAGAUUAGCUGAAUAA